AUGGAAGAAACUGAUGCUUUGAUAAAAUCAUCUGAACCACAACAUAAAAGAAACGUUAUCUAGGCGCUUAUAAAUGAAUACAAAAUAAUGUAUGCUGGUCUAUAAAAUCAGUAUUAUUUUUAUUUUAAACUUAGAGAAUACCUGGAUUAUUGUUUUGUAAAAGGAGCUUCUGGAUAGACAGUACCAUUAGCUCUUCUAUUACCAGUAGGUCUGUUUUUAGGAACAGUUAAUAUAUUGUCUAAAGCUAUGACCAAUAUUAUUGAAGGUUUAUAAUGACUAAUAAUUUUAGGUGAUUAUAUCAUGACAAAUUUUGUUCAGGUAAUUCUAUAAAUCUGUGGAUUAUGCAUAGUUUUAUACUUAUUGCUUAAGGCAUGUGAAGUUAUCCCAAAAAAAAUUCAAAAUCCACUUCUUUUUGGGAGAGUAACAACGUAUGUUUUUAUGUGUCUUUUGAUUGCAAUGGGAAUAUUAGUUGUAGAGAGGAUAGUUGAAGGAUAAGCAAGAACUUAUCAUACAUCUUAAUUCUGGGUAGUAUUUGCUUUGAUAAUUUGGUAAAAAAUCUUGGUGUUAUUUAUAUAUGAUUAUAAAGUAAGAUUUGCUGCAUUUUUAUUUUUAUACACUUAUUAUGCAUUUAGAGUUUCAGGUGAAUAAUUUAGAUGGGCUUAUAAUCUAUUAAAAGCCUCAGUCUACAUUGUACUAGAGUUAGUUAUGGUCAUAGAUAGAGAAUUAAAAAAUUAUGCUGAUUAUUAAUUAGAAAAUAAUGUAAUUUAUAAGUUUGUAUAUUUAGAUGCACACUAAAUAAGUAUUAGAAGAAGUAGUACCUCCAAUGAGAAUGUUUUAAUAAUAAUUCUUGUUAGAAUCAUAUCUUAAAGUAUUUCCUGUCGUGAUUUUUGAUUAAACAAAAGAAUUACUGAACAUAUCAACUGAAACUCUAAAAUUAUUAGGUUAAACUGAUUUAUUUUAAGCCGAAAAGCAAUUAAGAAAAAUGGAGAUUGUAGAGGUCUUUAAUAAAAAGGAAUAAGUAUCAGUUAAAGAGAUGACAGUUAAAUUAACUAGAUAGGCUAAAUUUGGAUCUACUUGUGGAGUAAAUGAAAAAGGGGAUUUAUUACAUUCUUUAAUCAAUGGUCCAGCUUUAUAACAAUUAAGAACAUAGUAAUAAACUGAUUAGCCAAGAUUAUAAACUUAAGGAUAAUUAGAAUAACUUCUAAAUGAUCUUAUUAAAGGAGAUUAAGAAUACUUAAAAGGAUUGCUUGUAUUAAAAUUGAGUAAGGAAAAGUAAUACUAUUUCUCUUUUCAUUUGAUUCGUAACAAUAAAAUUUAUCUAUUUUUGGAUGAUGUUUCUGAAAUCAUGAAAAUGUAAAUGAAAAAUUAAGAUGAAAUUUCUGAACCUAAAGAUAAUAGAGAUAUUAAUAUUCUUUUAUCCUAGAUUCGUUAAAUUUCAACCCUAAAAAGUUAUCCUAUCCCAACUAAAAUAUCAAAUAUUGAAUUGAAAUCUUGUUAUUUAGAAUCAAAUUAAUUAAGAAUUAAUUAUGAUAAAAUUAAUUUUGAUCAAAUGGUAAUUAAUUUAUAAGAAUAUUAUAAUCAUCGAAUUCCUACAAUUAAAUUUUCAAUUAAAAAUUAAGUUAAAUUGACCACUAACUUUUUCAAUGAUGAAGAACGUAUUCGAUAAAUUAUUGAUAUAAUAAUGGAAAAUAGUAUUGAAUAAACAAAAGAUGGAUUUAUUGGUAUUACUUUUGAGAAUGAUCCAAGAUCCAAUUGCAUUUAAGUAUCUAUUCAAGAUACAGGCAUUGGAUUAAAUUUAGAUAAAAUUAAGGAUGAAUCAGGUAAUAAAAUGUCAGGCCUUUUCAUAGCUAAUUAUUUAACUAAAAUAUUAGGAGUUUCAUUUUUUAAUAAAAAGAUAAAUGGAUUUAUUGCAAAUAGAGGAUUGCGAAUAAUAACUACACAAGAGUAUGGAACUAAAAUAUCAUUCACUCUUAGAAAUAUGUUAAUUGAUCAAAACAAUACCUUUUUCCUUAUUGAUGAAAAUUUAGAAGAUGAUGAUUAAAAUUAAGAUGAAAUUAUUGAGAGAUACUUAAUUGAAGAAUAGACUCAAUAUUUAAAUAGAUUAAAAAAGUAUAUUUAUAUACUUAUAUAGACCAAUUAAAUAUAUAGUGAUGAAAAAUGAAGAGAAAAAAGUAGUUUAAAUUUUGGAAGAUAGAAUAGUUAAAAGACCUCAAUUAAAAGGAAUGAUGAAACUUUAAGAAUCAGGUAGAUUAAAAUCUCUGACUAAUUAAAUUGAAUAAAUAUAAAUUCCUUAGGAAAAAUGUAUUUGUGAAACUCCAUUAAUUGUAAAUAGUGAUUACUAUUUUUCAACUGUUUUGAAAGAAUUCAACUUCUAAAUAGUUACUGAAUCUGAAGCAUUAAAAUUAAUAAACAUAAAACUUAAAGAGAAUCCUUGUAUAUAGAAGGGAUGUAUAGCAUUUAACAAAAUUUACAUUAAUUGUUCCAAUCCAAAAGUUAAUUACGAUGAGUAAUAUUUAACUUAAAUUUUAGUUUGGUGAAGAAAUUACUUAUCUUAAAUAAGUAACUUAAUAUCAUAGUCCUUUAAUACCUUCCUUGGGGAGAAUAACAACCUAAUAUCACUUAUUAUUAGAUGCCAACUAAAUUAGAUAUUAUUUUUAAGUGAUAUAUACAUUUCACUAAUAA